CCGCUCCAAGUGCGGUUACACUGCCCUAAUCCCGAAAUGCCAAUGAGUCCAAACAACAACAAUUUUGGAGCCUGCCCCCGCGAACUGCAAUAAACAAAACAUCGAAUCGAAAACGAAUACAAAUAGAUCCCGUAUUAAAGGGCCAUCGCCAAAACCACACCACCUCGCAGCCAACCGAAGAGGCCAAAAACACACCACCCAUGUUCCCAGUGCAUCCGCUGCCGCUGCUGCUGCUCCUCCUCUCCUUCGCCAAGGGAACCCACCAGGUCAAUGUCGACUGCAACGAGCUGCAAAUGAUGGGCCAGUUCAUGUGCCCGGAUCCGGCGAGGGGUCAGAUCGAUCCGCGGACGCAGCAGCUGGCCGGAUGCACCAAGGAGGGCCGCGCCCGCGUCUGGUGCAUCGCCGCCAACGAGAUCAACUGCACGGAGACGGGCAAUGCCACCUUCAGGCGGGAAGUGCCCUGCAAGUGGACAAACGGCUAUCACCUGGACACCACUUUGCUGCUCUCCGUCUUCCUGGGCAUGUUCGGCGUGGACAGAUUCUACCUGGGCUAUCCGGGCAUCGGACUCCUCAAGUUCUGCACCCUCGGCGGCAUGUUCCUGGGCCAGCUGAUCGACAUUGUCCUCAUUGCCCUGCAGGUUGUGGGUCCGGCGGAUGGCUCCGCCUAUGUGAUACCCUACUACGGAGCCGGAAUCCACAUCGUGCGCAGCGACAACACCACCUACCGGCUGCCCAGAGACGACUGGUGAUGGUUAAGGCGGCACAGCGCCUGGUGUACAGUAGAUCACGUUAAGUCCUUGUUAUACCUUAAGUACGGCUUAUGACACUAACGUUAAGCAACGACUGCGGAUCCGACCCGAUUCUAGUCGAUUCGGGUUCAGAUCGAGACUCUGAUUAGUGCAUUACGUACCCUAGUUGAUAAGUGUAAAGAUUGUUGCCACCCCUCCUUUGCGUAGCCUAAGUUGCAUUGUUUAGUCUUAGUUACCAAUGUACAUGGUCCCUCAUACAACUCUACAUCUGUGUAAUUGUAUAGGCCGCAUAGACAAAUUGUUUGCCAAUAUAACUAACGAUUUUAAUCAG